GAUAUCAGACAUACUUCCUCUUCCCAGUGAUACAAGUCAAGGAGCAGAUAUCUCUAGGAUAAAAUACUACAGAAAUGAGUUGGCACAUUGUAACGGGAAGAUAUCUAACAUUGAAUUUGAGCAGCAAUGGGUAGAAAUUUGUCAGGCUAUAGUAAGACUUGGUGGUGAAAGUUACAAAGAAAUAUGUGCACAACUUCGAGUUUCUUCUCUUUCAAGUGGAAAAGGAUAUGGAAUGAAAAAUAUUCAUCAAGAAAUUAUUGAAGAUUGGAAAAAAAUAGAAAUAAAAAUGGUUGAGACAAAUGCCAUAAAAGAGUUGAUGAAAGUGACAAAAGAGAAUAAAUUCAUAGCUGUUAUUGGACCAUCUGGUUGUGGAAAGUCUACUGCUGCUCAUCAGGUUGCUCUCUUACUAAAUAGACAUGAAGGUUACCAAAUCGUACCUUCAAACUUUCCCACAGACAUCACACAUUAUUUUAAUGAAUCAGAAAAACAAGUGUUUGUCUUUGAUGAUGUUUGUGGUAAAUAUUCACUAGAUAAUGAUCUUCUUCAAAAGUGGAAAAAAAUAGGUACAGAGUUAAACAAAAUCAAACUUUGUGAACAUGUUAUAAUAUUGGUGUCAAGUAGAUCAGAUAUUUUCUAUCAAUUCAAAGAUGUGCAAUUUCUGUUCACAGCACACUUCGAUAUGUUGUCAGAUGACUAUAACUUAUGUAACAAUGAACGUUUUUUAAUUGCAAAAGCUCAUAUGGGAGCUGAAAAAGGUGAAAUUCUCAGAAAGGAAAAUCUUUUAAACAAGUACGAUUUCUUUCCUCUUCUGUGUCAACUUUUUGCUACUGAAAAAGAAAGAAACAUUGAGAAAUUUUUCUCACAGCCUGUAAAAGUUAUUAAAGAAGAAUUGACUUUAAUGAAAGAGGAAAAAGAUCAAACGGCUUUUGCUGUUUUAGCACUAUUUGUAAUUUAUAACAACUGUAUAACUGAUAAAGUUCUGUCUCCAACAUCUGGCAUUAAAACAAUACUUAGUGACAUUGCCGAAGAAUGUGAGAUGGCAACCCAACUAAAUAUCAAAGUUGUAAGGAAACACUUGGACAUUUUUCUUCAUUUGUAUGGGAAGAAAAACGGAUCUAGUUAUAUGAUAAUGCACGACAAAUUAUUUGAUAUUUUUGUGUCCUUUUAUGGUGAACAUCUGCUGGACAUUAUUCUCACUCACUGUAGUUACUCUGUUAUAUUUACACGGUUCCGGUUACAAUCUGUGGAAGAAACAGACGAAUUCAUGAUCAAAGUCCCAGUGGAAAAACAAGCAAAGUAUUUCCAACGUUUAUUUCAUUUUUCUAAUUCAAAAGAUUUUGGCAACAUAUUUUGGCACCAUCAUUUCAAAAACAGAACAUUGCAACAGCAGUUCCUGAAACAUUUAUCUGAAGACCAAAAUUGUCGUGAUUUUUGUCUAUCAUUAUCUGAUACAGAAUCUUCGCCAUUGUUUAUCACUGUUGCAAAAGGUUAUAUUGAUAUUACAAAAGUUUUGUUAGAUAUGGGUAUGAAUGUUACCGUAUAUAAUGAACUUCAAUUAACCCCUCUAGCUUAUGCAGCAGGAGGAGGUUGUGUUGAAAUAUUAAAGUUAUUGCUAACAAACAGUGGUGAUUUUAAUAAACAAAACAAGCUAAGACAUUCUGCCGAUUCGAUUUCAGCAGCACAUUUUUAUUCUGUUUAUUCUUACGUUUCAGAUAUUUCUAACCUAUUCUUCACGAAUCAUCAAAAGCUAUGUGUUAAAGUUUUUGGAUAUAAGCAGAAGAAUGUUGUAGAUUUAGGCAGCGUAACUCAUAUGGGUACCCCCUUAUUACUAGCCACAACUUUUGGCCAUACAGAUAUUGUUAAACUAUUAAUAAAUCAUAAUUGUGAUAUUAAUCCGCAUGACUGGUUCCCAAUUACACCCCUGUAUUUAGCAGCACUUUGUCAUCACGUAGAAAUUGUUAGAGUAUUGUUAGAACAUGGAUGUGAUAUAAACAUGUGUAAUGAAGACAAUGAAUCCCCCUUGUAUGUAGCCUCAAAAUGGGGACAUGUUGAAAUUGUAAAAUUAUUGUUAGACAACAAUUGUGAUAUAAACAUUUGUAAUAAAGUGAUGGAAUCUCCCUUGCAUGCUGCUUCAAAAUGUAUAGUUUGUGUUGAAUUUGAAUUUGAUUUUGAUACUUCUUGGAAAAUGUUUGAAAAAGUUAUUUAUAAAUUUCAUCGCCAUAAGAUACAAGUGUCAAAUGAGGAUUAUUUAGAAAUAAUCAAAUUGUUAUUAAUGAAAAAUGCUGAUGUUAAUAUUUGUAACAUAGAUGUUAAAACUCCAAUGGAGGUAGCCUUAGAAAAUGGGCAUGGAGAUAUUGCGAAGUUAUUAUCCGAACACUCCACUAUACAAAUGCUCAAAAAAUAGAAUUUGAUAAUAGGAGUAGAGACUUGAAGACAUAUAUUUUGCCCUACAAAUCAUAUUUUGUAGUUCAAAAACCAAUACUAACAUCUAAAAAUGUAAGCAAAUGAAGAUCAAUGUUCUUUUUUAGCUUUUAAAGUAUCAUAUUUUUGUAACAUGUUACAGGUUUUUUUUAUACGACCGCAGUCAAUAUUGGUAUCAACAUGUCGUCGUCGUCCGGCGUCAGAAUCGUCGUUGUCGUCCGGCGUCAGAAUCGUCGUCGUCGUCAGCGUCGUCCGAAGACGGAUGGUUUCUGGAUAAUAACUUUCGUAUAAGUAAAUCGAAAUCAAUAAAAUUCUAACACAAGGUUUAUAACUACUAAUGGAGGGUUGGGACUGAUUUUGGAGAUUUUCGUCACAAUUGUUUAAGAAUAAGGGGCCCAAAUAAGCAUUUUUGUAGUUCCCAGACUAUAACUUCUGAAAAUAUACCACAAGUUUCCAUACUACAAAUGGACGGUUAGGAUUGACUUUGGGGGGUUAUUGCUCAAACCAUAUAGUAAUUAGGGGCAAAAAGGGGGAAAAGAUGGGUUUUUCUGGUUAAAGGACAAUUGAGACAAUUUAAAAACAGUGUAAGAGUGGUAAUCCAAAUUAAUCAAAGAACACUGUUUGAUUACCUCCCUUACAUUGCUUGUAAAUUAUGUAUUAAGAAAUGUUGAUCGUCUUUAAGUGAUAAGCUGUCAAUUUAUUUCUAGCAGUUACCAUUAAUUAUUAUUAAUUUGUUGCCAUGACUAUGUAUGUGAUUUUAUUGUUUUAAACUGUUAUGAUGUAUUUGAAUAGGUAACUAUGGUUGCAAACUCCAUUAGAAAUUUAAAAUGAGAUACUGACCAUGCUGUAAGGGAAAGAUCGUUUGGGGGAAUAAGUGAAAGGAGGUUAUGGUAAACAUUGGAGGG